UUAAACCAUUUUGGGAAGAAAUAACGAAUGAGAUUCGGGUUAUGAAAGAGGCCUCUAAAAUUGACGUUAAAUCUCGAAUUCUUGAAAUAGUUGAUAAGUAUAAUUAUGCUAAUGAGUAUUCUAUUGAAAGUUAUGCAAAUGUUGAAG